AUGCCUGGAAUGAUGGCAGGUGGAAAUGACAGCGACAAUUCCUACGAGCGCGAGCUUUCGGACAUUAUGGAGUAUCUUGAUAGUGGUAAACGGGGUAUUCACCCUCCAUUUUCUGCAUGUACUUCGCAAAUUAGUACGACGUCUGGUAUUUCAAGUCAGCUCAGUGCUCAACCCAGGCAAUCUGAUGUCGAAACUACACGCGAGUAUGCGCUUAGCAAUAAUGGUGAUGCUGAAAAUGCUGCAAUUGUGGAGUUAGAAUCUUCUUGUAUCCUUGUAACCGAAGAAGGAGCUUUCAUGCGCGGAUUUCAGUCGUGGUUUGACAGUUGGGGAGAUUUUUUCAGUGCCGUCGACGCACACUGCGGAUCUACCUACCAAUUGCUCCCGCGUCGCUCUUCAUAUCGAUCUGAUACGCGCAACAAAAAGCUCACGUCCAAAGGAGUACUCGAAAACGAUCCGCGUAUCAUUCUAGUCGACAGCUUUGAUAAGUAUUCCUACACGCUAAUGUGUACACAUGGAAUUAAAAAGCGUGCUACUCAAAAAGGAAAAAGACAACGCAGAAUCAUACGAUACCUUGGUUGUACGGCCCAAGUCAAUGGAGUUGUUACUCGGAAUGCAGAUAACGAGUGGAAAGUGCAUGCAACAUGGCAUGGGUCGCAUAACCAUUUGAGGAGUGAGCGGCUAUACCAGUAUUAUGCUGAAAACCGCCGCAUUAAAGAUCCCCAAGUGCUCCGGCAAAUUGCCGACAUGAAGAGUGCUGGUGCGGACGCCAAGGGAAUUCUAGAUUAUCUACGGCGAAAUACAGCACAAGUUUUUGCGGCGUACUUGUCGGAUACUCGAAAAGGCGAUCCAGCGACGCUACAACACUUGGAAGAACUUGCUCAGUUAUUCAAUGUGAGUGAAUGGGAAACUCAGAAGAAUCUUUUCCAGGUCGGUGAGAGAUCCAACGCGUGGUUUGUAUUGCUGCGAGGAACGGUCGAAUUACUGACAAUUCCAACGGAGGCUACACUGGCGUCUUACUCUCCAAAAUCUGAGCAGGCAGAGCCCACCAGGUUUCAGGACUCAUUCAAUACUUUAAACAACCACAAAAACCAGCCGUCCACCCAGAGGGAACUCGUGGGACGUGUCCGACCUGGCUGUAUCUUUGGAGACAUGGAUUUUAUGCUGGAGCAGCCGCGUGUAAUGGACGCCACAUCCACCGCAGCGGACACGCUUACCUGUUCAUUCACACGGAAGGAGAUGGUCGAGUUACGUGAUAAUCACCCCGAGUUGGCUCUACUUCUUCAUGAAAUUCUGUUGAGAGCCUCGUACAUGACUUUGGCGGAGAAACUUCAUUCGCUUGCUAUUUAA